AUGAUUGGAGCAAGAGUCGUCGUCUCAGGCGAUCGCGGGAACAAGAAAUGUUUGCGGCUACGAGAUUGAUUGGCCGGCGAAUCCAUGGCACAAGCGAUGUCACUGUUCCAAAGCUCUCAGGAUUCUCUAUUGUAUCUCCCAAACACGUUGCGGUAGAAUAUGCAGAUGGCACCAAGUUCAAAUUCUCUUCAGAGUUUCUGAGAGUCAAUAGUCCAGCUGCUGAUGGGAAAGUCAGAUCAGUCGGUGGUGACAAGGUGAUAUCUGGAAGGCGGUAUGUAGGAAUCAUGUCUGCAGAGCCGGUGGGAAAUUAUGGCGUAACGUUAGUGUUUGAUGACUUGCAUAGAACAGGGAUAUAUCCAUGGGAUUAUUUCUACGAGCUUGGUAGCAAUAAGUUUGGUCUCAUGAGAAACUAUGUCAAGACUCUCCAAAAGCAUCAUCUCAGCCGCGAACCUCCUCCCAGAAGGAAAUGAUUCUGAUCAAUGUGUUCUAAAACUUUGUUCAACUUGUGCAGAGACAUGAAAUCAAUAUUGUUGUCUUGUUCCAGAGUUAGGGAACACAAAUAGUUC